AUGAAGGGUUGGAAAGAGUGUGAAUUUAAGAAUCUGCUUGGUAUGUACCAUAAAGGUAAAGAAUAUGAUAGACUACUUGAUUGCCUUGUGAUGAUAGCUGGGGUUGUUGAUGAGAUGGAUGGUGUUAAGAUACCCUUGACUAAGAUCAUGAUUGUGAGAAUUUGCAGUAUGCUUGGGAUUGAGGUAAGGAUUGCUGAUGCUUCUUUGUGGGAACCUAGUGAGUGCAAGUAUUAUAGGAGGUGGUUAAUCAGGAAUUUAGGGGAAAGAAAGGCGUUCGAGAGCAUGAAUUUGGAAGAGAAGACAGAAAGAUAUUCUGGAAGGGUAAAUUAGCCGUUUUUUCUUGAAAUACUGUUUCAGAGAAAGAAAAUGGUACUGUGAAGUGUCUGUGGUGUAUUAAACAUGUACUGAGAAGGGUAACUGAGUAAAAAGGUACUUAAACAUUUAAACAUAUCCUAAUAUAUAGAGAAAAAUGGAAAACCAAACCACGAGGAAUCCUGAGGAGAUGAUGAAAGAAUACACUAAGAUGAUGUUGGAAAUGAAAGCUCGAAUGGACGCUAUGGAGGCAAAAACAAGUGCUCUUGAGAAGGACAACAAGGAAUAA